GAGGAGUGGGCAGCGAGGGGGAGCGAGGACAUUGAGUGGGGGAGUCAGGGGGAGACUGAUUGAGGGAGAGUGAGGCCUUUCCUGUCAAGUGGACACCUCAAAGCGCUUCAUAGGAUUCACUGCGCAGUCAGACUGUGUGUUUGCAGGUGGACAGUGGCCGCAAUGCUCCACACACCGCGGUGAGGUAACUGACCCCGAUCUGGAUGAGCUUCGCUGGGAACGCCCUAAUAAAUUAGUGGGACCAGCUCAACGGGUGAAUGGCCUCAUCCUGUUGCUAUCUUCAAGACCAACCUCCGAGAGCGGUGCUCAGACACCAGGACCCUGUCAGGAGCUGCCUUGGGGCCCAAUCCAUCUUCAUGAAAGUUGGCACUGAGCUCAGUGAGAACACCUCCUGAGACCCACCCAGCAUGUUGAUCAGAGAGGAACGCUGACACUGGGUCUCGGAGACAGGAGAUGGUCUGAAAGGACAGCAGAGAUCCGUACCCACAUCCGCACAGUAACCUCAGUGUAUGAGUGGGGCUGAAGGAGAUCUCCACAUGUGAGCCUGGUGCUGGUGACAAGCUAAGGAUGGAUUCUCCAAAGCAGCACAGCUCAGGUAUUGGGUUGAAACCUGACCUCAAACCAAGGACAGUCUUUCUAGAAGAUGCGAACAUCAGGGAGCUGUGUUCCAUAGCAUACCAGUCACCUUCACCAUGGGCAGAGGAAGCGGCCUCUCUAGAUGACGUCUUCACUGCUCCUCCACUCGUUGACCGACACAAACCAUCUUCAACAACACUGCAAAAUGGCAGCCCUGAGUGUUGCUCGUGUGCACACCCGACACACCACAAACACCCAAACAAUGCUCCAUCAGUAUUGGCCACCUCUCCCGAACAGGACUCUUCAGAGAAGACUGAGGCCAUGUUAAACCCAACACCCACCUGGGACCUGCCUGAGACACCUGGGUGUGGGCUGACACGGGCCAGGACUAUAUCUCGGCUGUUGGAGAAGAGCAAAGCGCCCCCACUCCUGAGGACCCGGGUCUCCUCCCCGGCCUUGUUUGCCAGUUUCGACACUGCCCGAUCGUCGCUGCCCCAGACCAGGAACAUGAACAAUGAGGUAACGCAGGAGAUUUCAGACCAGAGUGAACAGCAAUCCUCACAGAGUGACGGGGACAGCCAUGCAGCAGGUUCAGACACCACAUUACAUCGCUGGUCUGAUCCUGUGGUGGAGCUCAGGCCACAGCCCCCGGAAGCCCCCGACUCCAAGCAGUUUGCUGAGUUUAAGAGCAAGUCUUUUGAGGAAGAACCCCAGUGCCCACGGUCACGGCUGCGACGUGGCUUUGCUGUGUACGGGUCCAGGUUUCGCAGGAGGCGUAAAACACUUGGGGCUGAGGCUGAGAAUGGUUCAGACGGGUGCCAGCCUCUCCGGGCUUUCGAUGUCGAUGGGAUUAAACCGUCCACAACCUGUAGGCUGGGGACGGAAGCCAGCACCUCCUCCCCCACUGCACUACCCCCUGCCGUCAAGCGCCAGAUACCGGGAGGAGUCCAACUGUCUCCAGUCCGAGUGUCGUGUAAGAUGAAAGGUGAGGUGGAGUGGGCGAAGGGUGGGGGUGUGGCGGGGACCGAGGCCUUGGGGGAGCAGUCACACAGCAGCCUGGAGUCCGGCAGCACUGAACAAGAGGGCUGGCUGGACCUGCAGCGGCCAACCAGGAGCAAAUUUUGGGUGCGGUUUGAUGGGAAAUUCAUGUCCUGUUUUAAGAGUGACAAGGACGCCUACUCUGAGUACGUUAUCUCAGUCAGCUCAAUGGAACUCGUUCGCUCUCGAAAGGAGAAGAGAUUUAUCCUCUCCACGUGCUCCACCGAGUUUGUUUUCAAGGCUGAGACCACAGGGCUGCGAGCAGAAUGGCUGAGGGCCUUAGAGCUGGGAAUCAAACAGCAUCGAGACCAGCACAGCUCAGUGGCCGCUGCCUCUCCUUCUCCCCCACAGUGGCUGGGAGGGCAGGGCCACAGGGGGAAAUUGGCUCUGAGAGGUUUCCUGUCCAAGGUAUACACCGUGAUCGCUAACGACAAGCUCUGGCUCUUCAGGAACGAGCAGGACUAUAGGGACGGGAUCGGGAUCACCAACAUCCACAUGAACCUGGCCUCAGUGAAGGACAGCAGCGGCUCCACAUUCCAUCUAGUGACACCGAGCAGGAGCUUCAGCUUCAAAGGAAGUUCGGAACAGGAAUGCAGCGCCUGGACAGCUGCACUGGAGCAAAGCAUCAGCCACUCGCUCUCCAGCUACGAGGUGGCUGCACGGGUGUGGGAGGUGGUGGGCAAUGAUCAGUGCGCCGACUGCCAGGCUGAGCGGCCCGAGUGGGCGUCCAUUAACCUGCUGGUCGUAAUCUGCACUCGCUGCGCAGGUCAGCAUCGAGCCCUCGGCCCCAUCAUCUCCAAGGUCAGGAGCCUUAAGAUGGACAGUAACAUCUGGACAGAGCCUGUUAUUCAGUUGUUUGAGGUGAUCGGGAACAGAGGAGCGAACCAGAUUUGGGCGGGGAAUGUGCCGCCCGGGGAACAGAUUGGUCCCGAUUCCUCCUCAGAGCAACGGCAAACAUUCAUCACCGCCAAGUAUCAGCUCGGCAAAUACCAGCGGCUCCACCCCCUGACCCACCAGCCACACCAGCUCCACCAGACGCUGUGCCGGGCUGUGCUGACGGCUGACAUUGCGGAGAUGGUGCUGUUGGUUUUCUCUGGAGCCUGUGUAACUGCUCACUCGGACACCGAGCCCCUCACAGCUCUGCAACUGGCGGAGCGCGUCGGCAACACCACGCAGCUCGAGUUCCUCCGGCAAAACCAGCACCGAGUUGCCGCCCCGGUGGGAUCACUCGAUCGAGGAAAACCCUCAACAGCUCCUCGCUAUUACCUCUGCGCCCUGGAAGCCAAUGUGCUGAAGUUCUUCAGCUACGAGAGCAGUGAGACGCCCUGUGACUCCAUUUGCCUGGAGCAGCUGCUGUCCCUGACCCGCUGUGACCCCGGGCCACAACCAGGGGAGGACAGGGGGAAUGUGAGGCUUGAGCUGCUGACGACGACAGGAGAGAACUACGUGAUCGACGGGGCCUCGAGUGACUGUCUGCAGGAGUGGGCCUCGUGCCUGGCCAGGAAUGUUUUGCCUGAAGCUGUGCCCGAGGGGGAGACGGGAGAUUUCCAGCUGUUGGGGCGACUGAAGGUCCGAGAGGCGGCAGUCAGACGCUGGAGCCCAGCCUGGGCCCUGCUCACCCCUCACCACCUCCUCCUCUACCUGGACAACAGCAGCCAUGAGCAGCUCAGCCUACACAGCAUCACGGAGCUCAUUCACUUCACCGCUGGGUAUGUGAUCGCUGCUGCUGGCACCAGGCUGUGGUACCUGAAGACUCACCUGCUGAGCAACUUUGAGGGCUGGUGCACGGCGCUCAGUGUGGCUGUGUCCACAGCGCGUGAGCAACACACUGGAGAUGCUGAGGCCCCAAUGCUGGUCACUCAGUGCAUCAGAUACAUCACUGAGCACGGAAUGACAUCGGAGGGGAUUUACCUGGGGAGUGGACACAGGUCAAAGGUGAUUGAGGUGUGGGAGCUGUUUCAGGAGCCGCGGGUGAAGGUCAGUGCGGAACUGGGGGCCGGCCCAGAGCUCGGGGUCAGCGAAGUCGCCGGAGCUCUGAAAAAAUACUUCCGCGAACUGGAGGAGAACCUGUUCACAGUCAGCAGCUGUGGGGAGUGGCUCAGUGUGUCAGCCGUUGAAGACGAGGAGGAAAAGCUUGGCCUCUAUGGGGAGCUGAUCGAGAACCUGCCACAGCGGAACAGAGCCACACUCCGGGCUCUUAUUGACCACCUUCACUGUGUGCAGUAUUUCUCCAGCUCCAAUGGGAUGUCUGCAGAUGCUCUGUCCAGAGUGUUUGGUCCCAUUUUGUUCCAGAUGGAUGGUACAGCAGGGACAUCAGUGAGAGUUGUGCAGGACCUGCUCCACAACUACAUCACGAUCUUCAAGGUGGAUGUACAGGAGCUAGAGGAACGACUGGAGCAAAUGAGAGAGUCAUACCUGGAGGAAUGAAAGCCCCUGUCCAAUUGUGUACCAGCCAUCAACACAAUACCCUCUUCUCCUUGCACAGCCCCAUCCCCACAAGGCAACACCAAUGGGGGAGGUCAGCAAGUCAGUCAGAAAUAUUGGGCAAAGUCACUGGAGAAUUAAAAUUUAAUGUGAAAAAUGUGAGGUUGUAUAUUUUGUGAGGAAGGCAAACAUUGAAUGUUUUUUUCUUUCAAAGGGACAAAGAACCAAUGUCAAUCUUGUGUAGAUGUUGAGGUUCUGCAAGAAUGAUCUGGAAUAAUCUAUGGAUUUUAUUCAAUUUGCAUAAACUGUAAAUUAACAAAGUUA